CGUCAAGUCCAAGUCAGUCUCUAUGGUUUAUUGCUUGUGAAUUACACAUAUUUAAUCUAAAACGAAACUAUUUGGCAGUGUCCACCAUGAUCAUUGUUUGAGUGUCAAUACCGUAGUUGAGCAUCCAGUGUCUAAUCCAAGGAAUGGAUGAUGUGAGCCCUUUCUCGGUUGCUAGCUAGUAGAUAGAAUAGAACAUAACAUAACACGUUGCCCUGAUGGUGCUUUGGGCCUGUCAGAAGCCUAUCUUGGAUCCUGAAUGGGAGACGUUUGUAUCUUUCCCGGAAGAUUGACAAGUGGACAAUCCGAUUUGUCCAAAAGAUCUUUUUGGUUGUUUCGCGGAGGCGGCGAGGUGAUCGCGCCUUGACGUCAUCUUGAGUGAUGCAAGUGAGCUUACUGUCGUCAUUUCAAUAGCCGUUGGCAACCGUUUUCCUUACUGAAACUCUGGGCCUGGCGGGCGUUGCUCGCACCUCUGCUAAAUAAAGUUUUUAAAAACCUGGGCCUUCUAAUCGCUGUAGGGUGUCGCCACGACACCUGCGCGCGUUCAGAGGGACGAUGGCCUUUUUUUCUGAGGAAACGCUUGUGAAUGAAGGAUUUUCCGGUGGAAAGGACAAGCACACACAUCUGCGACGGUUGCCCACAUACAACAACUCCAAGGUCCACGGUUGUGUGAGGAGUGUUUUGUAAUUUAAUUUGAAUGGAGUAGUAGCUUUCGAGUGAUCUCUCGCUCUUUUUGGAUUGUGUCUCUUUACAAAACAAAAAUCAUGACGACGACACUCCGUCAAAGCGCCGACGAUUGGAGAGCGACAACAACUUCUUCUUCCAUGCGGAGUGACUUUUCGGCGCCAGUAGCCAACAAGCAGCGUUCUGUAGUAUCAUUGGCCGCCUCUCAUCAAUCUCGACCAGUCCAAGUGGCGACGGCAACUCUCAGUAGUAGUAGUGAAGGAGGAGGAGUCGCACCGCCAGAGCAUCGCAUGGAUCGACGAUUGUCCAUUUCUUCGGUGGCAUCGUCAUCGGCUUCGCAAAUUCCGACGACUAGUGCUAGCAUUACAGUCAAGACAGGACGACCGCCCCGAUUCCGACGCCGACGCAGCAGCAAAAAGAACAAAAUGGCCAACAGUGUCAUGGUCAAAGGAGGUCCUCCCGAAAAUGUCAUGCAAUGGCUGGAAAUCUGUUGUCCCAAUGAUGUGCUUCCCAAGGUGCUCGCCUUUUGUGGACCUCAAAUGACAGCUACUUUGAUGGCUACCAAUCGAUACUGGUUCCAUUUGAUUGCUCACAAUGACGGAAUUUGGAGAGGACUCUGUGAGGGAUUGUACAAGUGGAAAGAAGGACAGGAUGAAAUGCCCGAGUCCUGGAAAGAAUACUACCGGUUGCAUCCUUGUGUCCCCAUCGAUUACCCCACCAUUCCCAGAGCCAUGGCGAUUGUGACCAAGAAGAGAUCCAACAACCACCAAAGUGUCUCUCAGUACAUUCGCCCCGUGGCAUCCAAAAAGGAACAAACACAAUCUGUAGAGAUUCUCUUGCGACCUGGGAAACAUGUCGUCAAGGAAUCGUUGGUCGUCACGGCGGCUCCCAAUGUCACGGUCACACUCAAAACCAUGGAACUACCAAAGAACCGAUUUUACUCGCCAAAACUAGCGUUUGCCGAACAACAACAGGCUCAGUCGUCACCCGAACCAAAAUCCAAAGGUCGAAACAGUCCUCUGCGACAGUAUUUUCUCGGAUGCAAGUCGGCUGCUUCGGCGGUUCCAGGAAAUUUGUCCAGUGAUGCCGAGCAUAUUAGCUUUGAUGAUUCGGAAACAUCGGAACAGUCACUCGUGUUCCUUAACCAAAACAACAACAACAAUGACGGCCAUCGCGGCAGUCUCAGCAUUCAGGAUACCCACCGCAUCCAAAUGUUGGCCACCUCACCGUCCAUGACUCCGCCCCAGUACCCAGAACGGGCGACUCUUGUUUUGCGCACGCGCCGUCUGAAUGAACCGGUCGUGCGGAUUCGUCAGGGAGCAUUCCGACUGUGCAAAGUGGACCUGGUACAUGCCAGUCAGGGAGUCGAUAUUUGGAAUGGCAAUGCCGCCAUUCAGGUCCAGCCUCCCAUGGGAGCCGACAAUGUCCCGGAACCGGUCGUCCCCAAACCAUCGGCACUCCUCGACCAUAUCGCCAUUUCGUCCAAAUCGGGACGUGGUGUUGUCUGUCUGGAUGGCGGUACAGUCGAGCUGGAGCGUUGCAUGAUUCACGAUUGUGCCGCCACGGGCUUGUACAUUGGAGGACCGGGCAGUUCUGCGUAUGUGACCCACACGGAUGUCAUUCGCAAUGGCAUUGGGAGUCGUCUGCCACCGUCCACUCGAACACCGCGCGUGACAUCGGGGCACUCGGGAGUGUACUUGGAGCAGGGUCUGGCGCAGAUUUCCGAGUGCAACAUUUCCAGCAAUCAUUUGACCGGGAUUAGUGCCGUUUCCUUUGAGAAUGCCAUUUUGAAAUUAUCAAAGUCGGAUCUGGUGGCCAAUGGCAAUGGUAAUUUGGAAAUGCCUCCUCCCGGGACAUUGUCUUAUGACAAGAGUGACAUUGCCAAAGACAAUAACCUGGCAUCGGUCGGACGGCCGUGUUUGAGAUCCAAUUUGGAACUUCCUGCUCGUAUCCGUCCACGUGCUUCGUUUUGAAGGACAACAAAGGUAGUGACACACCAAAAGACUUUCAAGGAUAAGAGAGGAGAUUUGAGAGAGGCAGGAGACAACAUGGUGUCUUUGGCUUUGUACUGGUGGCAUGUUACUGAACGGACUGAUUCGAUUCGUUCAGUAAGAGGCAACCAUUUUAGAAAACGUAAUAAUUAAUAAAGAGGAAAUAACUUUU